AGGCGGGUGUGAUCUCCAUCAGUCAGCGAAUCAAAAUGUGUGCAGGAAAUGAUUACGAUCUCUUUCGGAUGAGCAUCCAACCAGCAGAUGGACUGCAGCGCUUGACAGAUACCCCUGAUCUCAGUCUGCGAGCAAGCUCCUCUUCUGACACUCAGGCUGCGCUGACAGGCAAAGACUCUUCUUCAGGACAGGACUGAGGACUGACACAGGAGAUUCGAGUCAAGAUGGUCGAGGCCUACGACUGUACAGAGUGUAAGGAGUCCCUGUAUGGGCAGAAGUACAUUCUGAGGGACGAAAGCCCAUACUGCGUUAAGUGCUACGAGGCACUCUUCUCCAACAACUGUGAAGUGUGCGAAAAGCUCAUUGGCUGCACCAGCAAGGAUCUGUCGUACAAGGACCGCCACUGGCACAGCGAAUGCUUUCUCUGCAUCAAGUGCAGCCGAUCUCUUGUGGAGCGGCCUUUUGCCACCAAGGAUGAAACGCUGUUGUGCACCGAGUGCUACAGCAAUGAGUACUCUGCCAAGUGCCAUGCGUGCCUGAAGACCAUCAUGCCAGGCUCUAAAAAGAUGGAGCAUAAGGGCAACAGUUGGCAUGAGAAUUGUUUCACCUGCAACCGUUGCCAGCAGCCCAUUGGCACCAAGAGCUUUGUCCAGAAGGAAGCCAACAACUACUGCCUGCCCUGCUAUGAGAAGCUGUUUGCUCUGCAGUGUGUCCACUGCAAGAAGCCCAUCACCACUGGAGGAGUGAACUAUCGUGACCAGCCCUGGCAUAAGGAGUGCUUCGUUUGCAUCGGGUGCAAGCAGCAGCUGGCCGGCCAGCGCUUCACCUCUCGGGACGACUUUGCCUACUGCCUCGACUGCUUCUGCAACUUGUUUGCUAAGAAAUGUGCUUACUGCACCACCCCUAUCAGCGGUCUCGGGGGAAGCAAGUACAUUUCGUUUGAGCAGCGCCAGUGGCACAACGACUGCUUCAACUGCAAAAGGUGCUGCGUGUCUCUGGUUGGCCGAGGUUUCCUGACGAGCAAAGAGGACAUCCUCUGCCCCGACUGUGGCAAAGACAUCUGAGUGGGUCACCAAGCCGGAAAAGAGUUUGUCCAAGUUGGCUGCCAUCUGAAAAGCAGCAGCAUAAUUCUUCUAACCUGACCUUUGUUGCAUUAUGUGCAUCAUUUAUUGGUUUCUGACAAAUUAACCAGUUCUUACUGCUAGGGUGUUUUCUGCAUGCACUGACAAUACUGUUUCUUUAUGAAUGAGAUGAAGCAUUCAUUCCAAAAUGUAGAUUUUCUACUUUGGAGAAUACUCUAAUGACAGGCAAUAACUCCAAUACAAUAGUUUUUCAAGUGAGUAAGUCAUAAGUUUUUGUGGUUUUAUGUAAAAAAUACCAAAAAGAAUGAAAUGUGUAUCUCAUUUUGGAAUGAAACUUCUCGUUUGGAAUAAAAAUAGCAUGAUAGAUAUUUUAGAGCAUAUUAAACUUUAAUGAAGAGUAACAAUGCUUAUUCUUGACAGAGAUAAUAUAAUUUCGAAUAAUACCACUAAUAUAUUGUUGUUUGUUCUAAUUACAUAUAUUCUGUUUAAUAUAUUUCUGUUUGGAUUUGAUGAUUGCCUAUUGCAUUUCAGUGAUAAAGCCUGUUGUAGAAACAAUUAUUUUGUGUUGAAACUGGGUCACUUCAGUCUAAAUUAGCAUUUAAGCCAUUAUAUAACAUAAAUGGUGACAAAAAUACUUAAGUCUAUUGGUAAAAGUAUAAAUACCACAUUGGAAUAACACUUUGUUAAAAGUCCUGCUUUUAAAAUAUCACUUAAACAAUACUUAAACAAUAAAAUGCCACUUUCUUGUAAGGAAGACUUAAGUUGUUACUAAUGCUUUACAGAUCAGUUUUAAAUCAGCAAGUUGUGAAAAAACCUUAUUUGUCUAUCUUGGUAUGUUGGUAAUUCAUUAAUAAAUGCUGAAAUUAUUUCUGACUUUCUAAUAUGCCAUUAAGUUUGCAGUUAUAGACGUCAUUAAUAAGGAGUUUUAAUCAUCAAGUCUGCUGUUGUAACUGUUAAUAAGA